GAUCGAAGUUCGGCGUCUAAUAUAUUUUGGCGUUGACGAUAUUUUGCUGUUCGACCGCUGCGUUCGACUCCCAACGCAAAUACUUUGUCUCGUAUCAAGAACAACAUACUUUGCAUCAAUGGCAGAAGCAGGCCCAUCUAAAGUGCCACAGAAAAAGCGAAAGCCGACGAAGCCUCAGGUCCGGUCAUCCAAGGUCAAGAGAAUCAGUCAGGUCAAGUCGAUCGAAGCACUAGAACAAGCAGUGCAGCAGUAUUCUUUCCAUGUAGGAGCCUGCGCCGGACCUGAAGGCAUUCUCGGACCUCCCGAUUUCAGAACUCACGAAGAAGGGUUUGAAGAAGGCUUUCUUCAUGGAUAUGACCGAUAUUCAAGCGAAGAGUCUACCCUUCUCGCUGAAAGGCAAAGAUGUUCUCGGUGCUGCACGCACCGGUAGUGGAAAGACCCUUGCGUUCCUCAUACCGGUCUUGGAGAUCCUGUACAGGAGGAAAUGGGGACCUCAGGAUGGACUCGGGGCUCUCAUCAUUUCACCUACCCGUGAACUCGCUGUCCAAAUAUUCGAAGUCCUGCGAUCAAUAGGAGGGUAUCAUGCAUUUUCCGCAGGUCUUGUUAUUGGUGGAAAGAACCUGAAAGAUGAACGAGAACGUCUUUCAAGGAUGAACAUCCUCGUUGCAACGCCUGGCAGACUUCUGCAACAUAUGGACCAAACUAUUGGUUUCGAAUGCGACAAUCUUCAAAUGCUCGUUCUUGACGAAGCUGAUCGGAUCUUGGACAUGGGUUUCCAAAAGACACUUUCCGCAUUACUCUCUCACCUUCCAAAAUCUCGACAAACUCUCCUGUUCUCCGCAACCCAGACCAAGUCCGUCUCUGACCUCGCGCGUCUUUCUCUUAAAGACCCCGUCCCUGUUGGCGUCAACCCUGAAUCAGACUCACCAGACGACGCCCAUAUCGUUCCGAAAAGCCUUGAACAACAUUAUGUCGUCUGCGAAUUGGACAAAAAACUCGAUAUCUUGUGGAGUUUCAUCAAAAGUCAUUUGCAGACAAAGACACUGGUGUUCAUGUCAAGUUGUAAGCAGGUACGAUUCGUGUUCGAGACCUUCUGUAAGAUGCACCCGGGUAUACCCCUACUACAUCUCUACGGAAAACAAAAGCAAAUGACCCGUCUUGCCACAUUCCAACGCUUCACAACUAUGAAACAUGCCGUUCUCAUUGCUACUGAUAUCGCCGCUCGUGGACUCGAUUUCCCCGCUGUGGAUUGGGUACUACAAUUGGACGCGCCGGAAGAUGUCGAUACUUACAUCCAUCGGGUUGGAAGGACUGCGAGGUAUGAGAGCGCUGGAAAGUCAUUGUUGUUCUUGGUGCCGAGUGAGGAAGAGGGGAUGACCCAGGCACUGGCGAAGAACAACAUCACUGCGGAGAAGAUCAAGAUCAAGGCUAGCAAGACGCAGAGUAUUGAGAAUCAGUUACAGAAGUUGGCGUUCCAGGAACCUGAGAUAAAGUAUCUCGGUCAACGCGCUUUCGUCUCGUACCUCCGCUCGAUCCACCUCCAAAAAGACAAGGACAUUUUCAAGCUUGAUCAGCUGCCCAUCGAGCGCUUCGCCGAAUCAUUAGGCCUACCUGGUGCUCCCAAAGUCAAGUUCCUCAGUAAGGAGAUGGCGAAGCAGAAGAAAAACGCGUCUCGUGUCGUUACGAGUAUACAGACGCCUCAGUCGAAUGUCAAGAAAACGGUCAUUGAUAAUGAUCAGAGCAGUGAUGAAGAGGAUACCGAAGGUCUGUCGGAUGAUAGCUCUGGUGAGGAGGAUAAGAUCGAAAACCCGAAGGAAGGCAAUCUCGAGAAGCCUUCAAAAGUUCGUACGAAAUACGACCGUAUGUUCGAGCGCAAGAAUCAAAAUAUUCUCUCCGAGCACUAUACCAAACUCAUCGAUCAUUCCGCUGACAUCGGUCAAGGUGAUGACGAAGACGACUUCAUCACGCUCAAACGCGCCGAUCACGAACUCAAUGAGCUCGGAUCCAUUCUGGAUUCGGAGCACCUCUCGAAACGAAAACAAAGGCUGGCCCUUUCCAAGAAGGCCAUAUCGAAAGGUGGACCAAAAGGUCAUAAGUUAAUAUUCGACGAAGAGGGUAAGCCGCAUGAGCUCUAUGAGAUGAAAGCCGUGGAAGAGGUGUUUAAGGACAACGAGCAUGUGAAGGAAGCUGGGAAGAAGUUUGCUGAAAGUGAGAGGAGUAAGCUGAAGGAGUUAGAUGUUAUUGAUAAGGAGGAGGCGAAGGAGAAGAAGAGGGAGAAAAAGAGGAAGCGCAAGGAACGCGAGCGCGAGGCUGAAGGCGUUGAUAUGGGGCCUACGAUCGUUCCGGUGGACGAUGAUGGAUAUAUCUCUCCCGACUUCGACUUACCGUCAGGGUCUGAAGACGAGGAUGAAGAGGCACCCCCUACGAAACGCCAGAAGGGCUUUGCUAUGGAGAAUGCACAUCGGAAUCACCGUCCUGCUGAACGAACGAGUCUCGAGGACGAAGAGGAACUUGCUUUACAACUGCUAGGAAGUCGUCGAUAGCUUUUCACGUUCUGCCUACGCAUCUCUCAUAGCAAUCCAUCGUUUUCAUGAGCAGGUCUUCCUCGUCUAUCGAACAAAGUGUCGAACAAUGUCUCUAGCUAUGUGUCUCAAAGCAUUCAGCAUCAAUUAGAAAGUACAAUAAUAAGUUACAGUCAACAAAUACUAUUCGUCAUCGUCAGAAAAAACCACCGGUUUUCGUUUGGUAGCAGGUUUUUCGCGGCGAACGAUGACGUCCUCAUCAGAGGAAACCUCGAUAGGUGAUAAUGAACGUGUAGGAAGAGCACUUGAUGAACGCGACACUGGCUCUGAAAGAGGGGGCGAAGUGACAGGUUCCGAUGUCUCUGGGCUUGAGUCUCUUCUUCGAGGUUUCGGGCGAGGACGUGGACGACCGUUUGGUUGUUCGGCUUGGGGAGACGCCUUGUCUUUCCAAUUUGGCGGUCUUGGUGAAGCAAAGGCAUCGAAGUGGUCAUCAUCGGAGGAGGAGUCCACAGCCAGAACGUCUCCAGAAUUAAUCUCAGCUGGGGGGCUGUCUGAGAUCUCUGCUGCAUUUGCUUUCUUACGUUUACGCUGGCCAGCACCGUUCUCCUGGUUCUUCUUUCGCCGCUUUUUGGUCCCGGUAGGCUUCAUGGUGGCGAUUUUUCCCGUGGCUGCUGCAGCUAGAGCAGUCCGUUCUCGCAACGCUUUCUCUUUCGCGAAGAAAGCCGCCAUGUCCUCCUCAUCCGCGUCACUAUCCUCAAUGAAUUGAGCGGAUUUGUACUUCUUCUCUUCUUUCUUCUUUUUCUCUUUCUUCUUUCUCUUCUUUGGUUCAUCAUCCUGCAAAGCCUCAUCAUCAGCAGAGUUAGAAGGUGAGCGACGUCGUCUGCGCCGCUUUCGCUUCUUCUGGAGUAGCUCAGACCCUUUCUUGCCGUCCAAAUUGAGAGGAUUUUCCAGG